AUGGACCAUGCGCAUUCUCCACCACGUCGACGGGAGACCCGUGAGUCUCCCGUUGGUUCCUCUACAGAUGAGCUGGCUGCCCCUUCAGACCAUGAAGAACGUGAGCGACGACGAACAAGCUGGGGUGCGUCUAAAAAUAUCACCCCGCGACGAAAAAGCCGCGAGGACCGUCAUUUGAGCGACUCAGAUAGUCCUGAUGAAUUGGCUGGGGACGCGGAUGAAUACUGGCGUUCCUCUCGAAACUCUCGCAGCCCCUCGCCAAUUGAUCGCCCUGCAGGUCAAGCUAGCCUUGACAGUCUCUCGGAAGAUCGAUUGAGUACCGGUGACGACGAUAACGACACGCCAAUUCGUGACGAUAUGCCAGGUCGCUCUUCUACCCCCAUACCCUCUGAUGCAGCACCACCCCCAAAACCCGAGCGUUUGAAUUAUCAUGAGAAGUUCGUUCUCCAGGGUCACUUGCGAGGCGUGUCUGCUGUACAAUUUUCCCCCGACUGCUCAAUGAUCGCUAGUGGUGGUGCCGAUGCAGCGAUUAAGGUCUGGGACACUUUGACUGGAAGACUGAUUUACACAUUUGAGGGACAUUUGGCGGGUAUCUCCACACUUGCCUGGAGUCCUGAUGGACAGUGGAUUGCAUCAGGGUCUGAUGACAAAACUAUCCGAUUUUGGAACGUGAAUACCGGCAGAGCGCACACCAAACCUUUCGUCGGCCACCACAACUACGUCUAUCAAAUCGCAUUUGCGCCAAAGGGAAACAUUCUCGUCAGUGGCUCUUACGAUGAAGCUGUUUUCUUAUGGGAUGUGCGUCGCGCUCGCGUCAUGAAAUCUCUCCCCGCCCACUCUGACCCUGUCGCUGGUAUUGACGUUGUACACGACGGUACACUCAUCGUUUCGUGUGCGUUGGAUGGCUUGGUGCGGGUAUGGGAUACACACAGUGGCCAAUGUCUCCGAACUCUUGUGUACGAGGAUAACCCGCCGGCGACGUGUGUCAAGUUUUCGCCAAAUGGCAAAUAUAUUCUGGCGUGGACUCUGGAUGGUUGCAUUCGCAUGUGGAACUACGUUGAGAGUCGUGUGGUCAAGACGUUCCAGGGGCAUGUCAAUAAGAAAUACAGUAUAUCCGGGUGCUUUGGCAUGUAUGGUGCGCCGGAUGUCCGGUAUUCCCCACCAUUGUGCUUCGCUGUAAGUGGCAGUGAAGACGGUGCCAUUUUGUGUUGGGAUGUUGUCAGCAAAAAUAUCCUUCAACGUAUCGAGGGCCACACCGACGUCGUUCUCUGCGUUCACUCUGGGGUCAUCAAUGGCAAGCGACUUCUUGUUAGCUCCGGCUUGGACAAGACAAUCCGUGUUUGGGAAGAGUUGCCAGAAAACGAAGAAGCCCUAAGAGAUAUUCCGGAUAAUACUUCUGGUGAUGGCAGUCUGCCAAAUGGAGUCACUCCUAGCGGCGAUGCAGAUGGUCCUAGCGGCGAUGCAGAUGGCGACAACAUGAUGACUGAUGCGCCCCCUGAUCCCUCCGCCACGAGCACCCCCGCGGAAGAUGUGAUGAUGACAUGA